AUGAGUAAUGAGAAGAUUGGUAACCCUGUAGUUCAUUCUACUGGUCCAAUGACAUCCCUUCAUAGUGUUGGAAGUCACUUGCAAACACAAGAUCAUGAGGUUAAUUUAGAUGCUGUUUUGUCAAACCCUUUGUCUAUAGGAGAAGUUGGUACCACCUUAACUGACGCUCAGAAGAACUAUGUCUUGAGAAGAUUGCAUUUUGAUGCGUUGACCAGCUUUGAAGACUUGCCUCCUGAGUGUACAUUUAUAUUUGAAAAGAUUGAGCAAACGUCAACUCAAGAAGCUGUUGAGAUUUUGAAAGAAGCAAUUCAAGAACACGGGCACGAUGUUAAUAUUCAAGAACACGAUUUGGAGUUAUGGAAGGAGUUGGUGGAUUACAAUGCUCAUGGUUUUCACCACCCUGAAGACGAAAAAGGGUCGGAAUCAUCCAUCGACGAGAAGGGAAACCCAAUCAAAGUUACAAUUAUUGCAGACGAUGCUGAAACAUCGUCAAAUGAUCCUUCAACUGGUAAACCGGAGGUUGUUGAUUGGGAUCUACAAGUGAGAUUGGAAGCCGUGUUGGUUGCUUAUUGGUCACCAUAUCCUGAAGUCAGAAGUGUUACCCUUCCAUUUGAUGACCCAACCAUCCCCGUGGAAACUUUUAGAGUUUACCUCAUUGGUAUUAUCUGGACUGCAAUUGGUGCUGUUAUUAAUCAAUUCUUUACCGAGAGACAGCCAGCUAUUACCCUUGCAGUUUCUGUCGUUCAAGUGUUUUUAUAUCCCAGCGGUUUAUUGUGCGAAUGGAUCUUGCCUAAGUGGAAGAUCAAGCUUUGGAAAUGGACACUUGAUUUGAACCCGGGUCCUUACACUUAUAAAGAGCAAAUGUUAGCUACUAUAUUCUGCUCGGUUUCUGGCGGUGGUACAUCGUAUGUUUCGUCAAAUAUUUUGAUGCAGAAGUCGGAACUCUUCUAUGCAAAUAAAUGGGUUGACUUUGGGUACCAGGUAUUGUUAAUCUUGUCAACAAAUUUUAUGGGUAUUGGGUUAGCUGGGCUAAUUCGUAAAUUUGCAGUGUAUCCUGUCCAAGCUGUGUGGCCAAUAAUAUUACCUGGUAUUGCCUUGAACAAAACAUUAUUGACAAAAUCAAAGCAGCAAAAUAUCAAUGGAUGGACAAUUUCGGGGUACAGUUUCUUCUUCAUUGUGUUUGGAGCAUCGUUCCUUUACUUUUGGGUACCUGAUUACUUAUUCCAAGCGUUGUCGUAUUUUUCUUGGCUAGCGUGGAUCAAACCUGAUAAUCAAAAUCUUGCUGCUGUCACCGGUUUCGUCAGUGGAUUAGGACUCAAUCCAAUACCAACUUUCGAUUGGAACAUGAUAAAAAUGAAUGCGCCUUUGCAAAUGCCCUUCUACAAUCAAACUAACAUGAUU